AUUUAAGGUCCGGAAGGCAGUUGUUGCGUUUUAUGGCGGUAGACCUGGUUGAGCAAAAGCUUCUUCGCCAGAAUGAAAAAAUGCGUAAUUUGAAAGCACAAAAACCAUCACCAGUAUUUAAACCGCAACGAUUUUUGGCCACAAAUACAUCUGCAUGCCCUCAACCAAACGCCACUAUGUUUACAACGUUACGUCAACAAUCUUCACUUAGUCAGCUAACUGAACUGUUGCAGAAGCACUUAGAGCAAGAAGAUGAGACUUGUAACGGACCACCAUUUAGAGCACUUAAUACUAUAACGAAGCACCAAUUCUGGGGGUUUACUGCGUCGUUUUUAACCAAUUAUGCGACACCGCUUUGCUUCCUCUGCCACAGUGUAUUAAGCAAAAUUGAAGAAAAAAUUUUCACACCAAAUCCUUUCAUUUACACAGAGGAAGAAAGGCAUAUGAUGAGAAGAGUUUUCGCACAUGUGCCAAACGCUCAGGCUAUAUGCAGCAUGCUGAUCCCGUCAUGUUAUCAUGAUUACAAAACCAAAGUGUCAAUCUUGAAUGGAACAUCCGCAUGCUUGCAAUGUCCGCUAUGCACAACAGCGUUGUCAAUGCUGCAGCAUCGAUUUCUCCUGUCACCAACAGCGUUAGAAGACACACUGAAUUGGCUUUUGGGAAAUUUAUUCCAUAAUAUUUGUGCCGAGCUAUGUCUAGAAUGCUUACCAGACCCAACUGCUUCUGAGCCGCCCUGCGGAUUUUUCCCGAACGGUUCAGACUACAAUAAGGUAUAUAAUUUUUUCUGGGAAUUGGAAUGGUGUAAAGUGAACGAAUCUCCGAAUAUUCUGAACUGUUUGAGAGAGAUAUGUCAAGACGACACUGUCUGUAAACUAAUUCCAACAGAUCCAAAGCUCGCUGAAAAGUUUGUAGGUAAAAAAACGGAGCUGUAA